AUGGCUGCCACACAGAAAGCCCAACAGCUUAUUGACGACAACGCCGUCGUUGUCUUCAGCAAGUCGUACUGCCCUUACUGCCGUAGCACGAAGCGCACACUCGACGACCUUGGUGCUAAGUACUUUGCUAUCGAACUCGACCAGGAGGAGGAUGGCAGCGAGAUUCAGGAUGCACUCCAGAGAAUCUCCGGCCAACGCACCGUGCCAAACAUCUACAUCGGCAAAAAGCAUAUUGGCGGUAAUUCAGAUCUGGAGGCGCACAAGAACAAGGAUCUGAAGAAGCUGUUGAAAGAUGCCGGCGCGCUUGCUUAG